GCUUCAGCCUUCCGAGUUCUGGGAUUCCAGGCACAUGUCAUCACCCCUCACAUUCUCAUUUUUAAAAAACUUCUAGUUGGCUACUACAGAUUUUCUUCCAAGCGCAACGCGGAAGCGCAAAGCUUAGCCGCUUCCCCAUUGGCCAUGCCUCUGUCACGUGAUGCUGUUGCGCACGCCCUCAGUGGGUGCAGAGACUUGCUUUUUGAUUGGUAGCAAAGCUACACCUCGUGACUUCACCGACGCCUGCUCCAUCUGUGCUCCUAUUGGUUGAGACUUCAGCCUUCCCACGGCCUCUUUGCUGCACUUCCGCGAGGUGGCGGAUCCUCUGCGCUCGGAGCUUCUUUGAUCCGCCCCGCGCCAUGGCGUCUCAGGGCCGUCGGCGGAGGCUGCCGCGGAGGUCGGGGACCAUGGUGUCGGGGGAGGCGGCCGAGACGGACUCGGAGCCCUCUGCGUCCUCGUCGGAGGAGGAGGAGCUGUACCUGGGUCCUUCGGGCCCGACGCGCGGCCGGGCCACAGGCCAGCGGAUCGCCGGGGAGGCCGCGGAGACCGACUCGGACCCGGAGCCGGAGCCCAGGGCGGCACCGUCGGACCUGCCUCCGCUCGUGGUGCGGCGAGAGUCGGCCGGGGAGGCCUGGGGCGCGGAGGAGAUCCCGGCGCCCGUGGCGGCCGCCCAGGCGGCGGGGCUGGCGGCGGCUCACAGCGUGCGCCUGGCGCGAGGGGACCUCUGUGCGCUGGCGGAGCGUCUGGACAUUGUGGCUGGCUGUCGCUUGCUUCCGGACAUCCGCGGCGUGCCGGGCACUGAGCCCGAGCAAGACCCGGGCCCGCGGGCCUAGCCGAGACCGUCCUUCCUCGUCAGACUCGCCGGGGCCCGGCUGUCUGCGUCUGCUGUCGCCCGAUACCUCCCAACUUCGAUGUCACCGGGGACCAGCUGGGCCCACCCGGGUGAUGCGCUGGUUUCUCCCGUUGCCUGACCAUGCCCGUAGGAUUGGCCUUGGGUUCUGAGCCGCUUCCCGGCUUGGACCCAGCCUGUGGUAAAUACCUGGCCCUGCUGCUGUUUCCACCCUGGGUUCCCCCUGCCUCACCUUUCUGUGCCCCCUGCCUUUCUGAAUUUGUUCCUGCCCAGAGGCGCGUGGACCCUGGCAUCCUCCUUCGUGGCCUUGCCCACGCCCCCAGCCCUUGGCACAUCUUCGGGAAGUUUGUGUGUGCCCUUUAACUGGGUCCUUUUUCUGCUCCCCAGCGUGGCUCUUGGUCCCUUUGCUUCCGUUCCUUUCCGUCUCCUGGCUCCUCCUCCUCGGGCUUAGCGCUACUCCUUCCUCCUGAUCUUUUCAGAGUCCAGCUGCUGCAAGGAUAGAUUUUACUACGUUUCUUUACCACCCUGCUUAUGCUGCCUUCCUGGUCCUGAGCUCCGGGACACCCUGUUUCCUUCCUCAGGCCCCAGAAAGAUGCUCCCCAGGGACCCAAUGUGGUUCCCCUCCUCCAGACUUGGACCAAGGUGGUGUCUCUUCCAGACCCAGGAACUCUAAUCAAGGUGGUGCCACUCCUGACCCCAGACUCUUCAGGUACCGGGGCCCAGUUCUGCCCCACCCUGGCGCUUUUGGCAAAGUAGGACAUUUCUUUGCAAAGAUCAACCAGCGGCUCGCGCAGGAUCUAAAGGUGAACUUCCGACCCAGCUCCAGGUCUGGGUCGCAGCCUCUUUCUGCACCUUCUCACCCGCAUCUUUUGGUUCCAGUCGUGGUCUCUCAGCCUCAGUCAUAUUUACCUCAGCAGCGGAAGCUCAGAUCUGAGCCCCCAAGAUGGAGGGAAAGGAGGAGGGUUCUUUAGAGUGGACUCAUUAAAAUUCAAAACAUUC